AAGGCUGAUGAAUAUCCUACUUUCCAACAAAACAAACUCUAGAGGCUUUUAACACAGCUCUGACAAGACAAGUUGACUGUGCUGCUGAUAUCAUGCAGGGGCUGCACAAACUCCUACUUCUAUAUGUUCUGACAGGUCUCGGACAAAAUGGACAUGGAAUCAGUGGUGGGGAAAUAGUCCCAAAGAGCAAGAUGCAGUACAUGGUCUCACUGCAGGAUGGACACGGUAAACACCUAUGUGGAGGGUUUCUUGUCAGUGAAAACGUUUUGAUCACAUCUGCAAGCUGUGACAAACGGGAUCCUAAAGUUGUUUAUUAUGGUUAUCACAACUUGGAGGAAAAGAUAAAACCUGUCAAUAUUGAGAAAAAAUGCAAAUCCAGUGAUUCUGACAUCAUGCUCCUCAAGUUGAGAAAGAAUGUUAAAGGGGACAACGUAAAACCCACUGAAAUUCCAAACUCUGAAAUAGAUUUGAAAGUCAACCAACAGUGUGUUGUGGCUGGAUGGGGUCCAGAAGACUGUGAGGAAGGUCCAGUGAAAGAGCUGAGAAUGGUGACUGUUUCUGUGUUCAACUGUCCGCACAAUGCGACAAACAUCUGCACAAGUGAGACAGGCUUCUGUGAGAUUGACACUGGUGGUCCUCUGGUGUGUGACGAGAAAGCUGUUGGUGUGGUGAAGAAGAACAACAGCACCACAUUUGCCAACAUAUCAACAAAACAUGUAUGGAUCAAAGACAAAAUAAACAAUCCAAGUUGGAAGGACUGUUGCUACACUUGGCACCAUCUGAAGGCCAUGGAGAUGAGCUUUGUACUUCUGCUUUUCGCUGUCCUAACCGGAGCUGAUGGCACCCAUAUCGUCGGGGGCAGAGAUGCCCCCCCCCACUCGCGCCCCUACAUGGCCUCACUGCAAAUUCAGAAUCAGCAUAACUGUGGGGGGGCACUGGUCAGAGAGGACUUUGUGCUCACAGCAGCACACUGUCAGAUACGUGGACCAUACACAGUGGUGCUUGGAGUUGAUUCCCUUUCUGCUGAUGAGCCGACAAAGCAGGUAUUCAGUAGCAUUAGAUCAAUUCCACACCCAAGGUACAAUGGACAUGCAAACGAUAUCAUGCUGCUAAAGCUUAAUGGCAGUGCCCAACUGACUGAGACUGUGCAACUGGUCUCCCUGAAGGCAGGCAGAGUCAGACCAGUGAAUAGUUGCAUCACAGUGGGCUGGGGGGACAUUGGGGAUAACAAUACCUUGCCACUCACGCUGCAGGAAGUCAACGUGACCAUUCUGUCACAACAGACGUGCCGCAGCAGAUGGGGAAUGGUUCCCAUCACCGGCUCCAUGGUUUGUGGUGUUGGGGCAGGCGUCUUUCAAGGUUUCUGCUCGGGGGAUUCAGGUGGACCGCUGGUGUGUGAUGGAGCUACAGCAGGUGUCGUCUCCUUCUCUGGCCGGCGGUGUGGAGACCCCAGGACUCCUGAUGUCUACACACGCAUUUCAUCCUUCACACCAUGGAUUACAACGGUGUUAAACAACAAUUAGAUGUUGUAUGAGAAGUGUAAAAAUGUUUCAUUUGUGGCUAAAAGUCUAUGAUUGCUUCAGUUGGUAGCUUCAUUCUUAUAAGGUACUGUAAUUUAGGCCCAAAUGCAAUGUUUCAUUAUCUAAUAAAACUAUGUUGAGCUGAAGUAUUCAUCUUUAGCUUGAGUAAA